AUGAUCGAUAUCAUCAAUUGUCAUUGCAAAACGAUAUCGUUUGUCGGCGGACUCAACCUGACAACCGAGCACAAAACAUUAAUAUCGCUGCAUCUCGAGAACAUCCUCGAUGACUCGAUGAUUGCUCCGCUACUCGCCAAUACCACCCUGAGGAAAUUGAAACUUGCACAAAACUUUAGGUUUAAAUUGCUCGAUACGCUUCCAGCCGUGCAGAUAGAUACGAUCAACACGAGCGUUCGCUAUCUCAAGUUUGAUCCAUACGUUUCGAUUCCAUCGAGUGAUCGAUUCAGUAUAUUCUUUUAUCCCACGAAAUACUUUAGCAAUCUAAACACUCUGAAAAUGCGGAUACUACGACCGGAACAUCAAGAGUGGCUCUCGAACUUGGGCAACGAUCAAACGAUUCGUCACCUCUACCUAAGUCAAGGUUAUCGUACGAAUUUCGAUCAGAUCAUAGUUGAACAACUAAAAAUCAAUAGUAGACUAGUCAGACUUGACAUUGGCUACUACUUUACCGAUAUAGAUGACAUCGCUCGAAGAUUCUCUGAUUACAUCGAUUUAAAUCGAUCCAUUCAAAUAAUAUCCGUAUGUAAUAACGAACUCAUCAUUAACAACCUGAAAUCUGAAUCCAAUCAAUUUGUUUUCUACAAACUAAUCAAAGAAUAUGAAAUUUAUUUUUUUGUAACAAAGAUAAAGAGACAUAGAGAUAUGAAAAUAAAUAACUUUAUAUUACAACUAAUACUUAAAAAUACACAUCCUCUUGGAAUUUUCGAUAAGAUGGAAAGUUUUUUAGAUAGAUGUGGUGUAACUUAUGACCAGCUUGAAUACCCGAGAUUCUCAUUGGUAGAGUUGUCUUUGGUCAGUUGGGAGUGGUUCAAUACAAUCUCAAAGAUGUUGUACUACUUGGAGUUUUCGAUAGAAUCACCCAAGGUGAUACCGACCAUCUCCAACAACUUGGCACAGGAUUUGGUCAAUAAGAAUAUCCAGUAUCUGGUGUCGCCAAAGAGUGGAGUCGAAUGGCUAGAGACUGUUGUAGACUGUGACCUCGAUGAGAUCAGCUUGUCCAACACCAUUGACCAUAUGAAAUUCAUUGAGAAAUCGGUUGGAUCCUAUCGUCACACUAGACUCCAGACCUAUCAAUGGUCAGAUAAAAUUACAAAGGAAGCAUGGCUGCGUGUGCAUGAACUCAGCUAUAUUGGAUAUCUUUCGAUUACCGUUAUCGAUCCAGACAGUCUUGCAGCGAUUCUAAAUGGACAAACAUCACCUUAUCUUCAGAGACUAAAGUUGAAAACCAAUUUCAAUAGUGACACCGAAGAGUUUACAAAUGGAGUGGAUCGACUAAUGACAGCAAUCAAGAAAAACAAAACGAUUACAAACCUUUGCAUUUCCGAUUGGCGACAAUCAAAGCGAAUGGUACAACCAAUUAAAUCACUCAAAAUAGAAAAGUCAUUCUCCGACCUAUUAGUAAUCAAUAAUACAAUCACCAAAUUAAAACUGAUAAGUUUUGUUCAUUGCAACAAUGCUUUUAUCGAAUCGCUCGGUACAUGCCAACUCAAUACACUGAAAGUAAUUGUUAUGGAAGGAUCUAUUUUCUCUGGACUCACCAAGUCGUUGCAAUCCAAUCAAUCGAUUACCAGUCUAACAAUGCAAUUGGUCAGAGACAAUGAUAAUACAUUGAAUUUAACGAAAUCACUCUUGGAUUUGCUAUCGACCAACAAGAAUAUCUAUGAAUUGAAUCUUACAAGAUGUAGUCUAUUUAAACUUGAAAAAGAUAAAGAAAAGCUCAUAGACAUUUGUAAAAGACAAGAUACAUCACUGGUACAUCUUCAUCUUGACAAAUAUCUAGCUCAAAUUGUAAUGCCAGCUUUAAAACUCGAAAAACACAAUAAUUUAGAUAAAAGAGUGGUCAUACAUUCACAAAUCCAUUCAUAA